CGCGCUUUGUUGACUGUAAACAAAUGGGCCAGCCAGUUUUUAUCAUUUUACUUAAUAUUUUACAUUUCUUUUGCAAUAAAAUCUCGACGUGUUUGUGAACCCGGUUGCUCGACGUUCCUAACCGUGCUAGCUUAAUCUACUGACGUGCUUGUCUGUCACUUGGUGAGAGUCGGGUGAGACUAAUGCAUUAACUCUAAAGAUAAAUGCAACAAGCUAUGAUUAAAUGCUUACCUAAAGAGGUACAAGGGAAACUUCGCUCUGGUAUCGCCCUUCCUUCGUUACAGCAAUGUGUCGAGGAGCUUUUAGUCAACAGCAUAGACGCAGGGGCCAAUUGUGUAGGCGUCAGGGUGGACAUGGACGCCUUCAAAAUUCAAGUUAUCGACAAUGGAAGAGGAAUGAGCCGUGAAGAUAUUGGCUGUGUAGGAAACAGGUACUUUACAAGCAAAUGCUACUCCCUGGAUGACCUGGAGGAUCUCAGGUGUUAUGGCUUCAGAGGAGAGGCACUUGCAAGCAUCAUCUCCUUCGCCUCACUUGUUGAAAUUUCUUCCAGGACUAAAGAAUCUGUGAAAACAUAUAUAAAGAUCUUUAGAGAAGGCACGGGCUUGGAUGUGUUUGAAGCGGAGACGACCAGGCCUUCAGCUGGGACUACUGUCACAGUUUGUAACUAUUUCAACAACAUGCCAGUUCGCAGGAAGAGGAUGGAUGCUGUGCUGGAAAAUGAGAGGAUCAGGCAAAGAAUUGAAGCCAUCUCUCUAAUGCACCCAUCUGUUUCUUUCAGUCUGAAGAACGACUGCACAAGAACCAUGGUGGUGCAGCUACCCAAAGCUAGAAACACUUAUUACAGGUUUGUUCAGAUCCACAGUCUUGCUCGUGCACAGAAACUGGGAGAAUUUAACUACACUAGUGGGCAGUUUGAAGUCACAGGCUACAUCGGCAAAGAAGGGCAUUAUAAUAACAACCUACAAUUUCUUUAUAUCAAUGAGAGAUUACUGCUGAGGACACGGAUACACAAGCUUCUCAAUAGUCUCCUACGCAGACUGAGCUACUUGAGUCAGAAAACUGACAGUCCAGAGGACCACACUAUGACCCGGAGUCCAAAGCUCAAACGUAGCCAAGACCUUUAUGGGGUAUUUAUUGUUAAUAUUAAAUGCCCUUACUCUGAAUAUGACGUCUGUUUGGAGCCUGCCAAAACUCUUAUUGAAUUUAAAGACUGGGAUGGAAUUUUGCACUGCGUAGAAGAAAGUGUGAAAGAUUUCCUCAAAAGGGAGAAUCUAGAAGCUGAGCUUUCCCAGGAUGACCUGGAAAGUGAGUCACCAAAGACAGAGAUUAAUGGUACAACCCACACCAAUACAAACGCUGAUGUCGGUGUAAGUCAUUUUUCUAAAAUGGAUGCUGGUAUUGACAUAGUACUGUCAUCUGAAUGCGUUCAUCGAAGCCACACUACAGAACACAGUAAUAAGAUAAACUGCAAAGAUGAUGACAUUGAACAACAGCAGAAGAAUUUAUAUGCAAAUAAUAAAGAUUCAAAACUAAAUUCAGAGCCAUUUGGAGAUAAAAAUUCAAGUACACAAUGUAUUAAUUUAAAAGAAGAGAGCACAUCUGAUGAAAGAUGCAGCAUUGCAAAUGAACAGCUUCCAAAAGAAGUCAGUUCUGCAUUAAAGACUUCUAAACAUGUACUAACAAAUUGUGCUGUGUCUACUGCAUCUCAAGACAGUUUCAUAAAUACAAGAAAAGUCACAUUGUCAGAUCCUUUUGUUCAUGAAAUCCUUCAAAUUGAAAAGCAACAAAAUAGUGGAUUUCAACAAGGAAAAAAUGCAUUUGGAACUAAACGCAAAAUAUCACUAGGAACCAGCCAGGAGACACCAUGGGAAGAGGUUUUUCAUGGACCUGCACCUGUUAAAAUGAGAAAAAUUGUUUCUUUAUCAAAUAUCUCUCAGUCUCUCGACCAAUUUAGAAGAAUUUAUAAUAAACCUUCUGAAGAGCCUGAAGGCUCUAAAUGCAAAGGUUUUAUUAAUGAUAAUUCAAACUGUGAAAAAAAUCCACAAUGUUUUGAUGUUACAAAUGCCAAAGAGCAUGGGCACAGCAUCCAGAGUCCUCCAACUCUUACAGCUUUUACUAAAUUAAAACCUGUUACUUGUGUGAUUAAAGAGAAGAGGUCCAUAGCAUCCAAACUCUGCCAUUUAAGACAAAACAAAGAAGACCCUUGUAUUACACCGUUUCCAACCACUGAGACCACUUCACCAAACAAUAAUAGCAUCUCCGGUGAUUGCACUCAACAGUCUUGCAACACCGAGGUCAAUGUCAAACCAGAGUCAUGUCACAUUACCAGUCUUGAUCAGACCGAAGAGAUACAGAAGACCAUAUCAGAUGAUUGGGUUCCUCACUAUGAUUCAUCUGUGGGAAAGACGGUCUAUGUGAACAAAGUCACCGGGCUCAGCAAAUAUGAAGAACCAUCAACAGAACAAACAGAAAUGUACUGUACCUCAGAUGUAACCAAUAUGGCCAUCAGUGUCUUGUCUGAAACAGGGAUGGAAUACAUAUGCUAUCCCUUUCAAAUGGAUCUAGUGCUACCAUUUUUGCCCAAAUCCAGAGCAGAAAGAGUUUGUUGGUCAGGGCUUGAUGACAGAGAUAUCUCAGGGACAGGUGAUGAUGAGAACAGCAAUUCUCUUUAUUCAAUGUACUCAAAAUGGAAUAAUCCAGUGUUUGUCAGACCACCAAAGGUUUGUGUGGACAUUUCGCAUGGCCGUGCUGAUGGACUGGCUGUAAAGGUCCACAACAUUUUAUUUCCAUAUCGAUUCUCAAAAGCUAUGAUCCCCACAAUGAAGGUAAUUAAUCAAGUGGAUAAGAAGUUUCUUGCAUGUCUAAUUAAUACUACAGAAGACCUGGCUGAUAGUACGAGUGAAUCAAAUGCAGGAAACCUUUUGGUGCUCAUGGAUCAACAUGCUGCACAUGAACGUGUCCGACUUGAAAAUCUUAUAGCUGAUGCUUAUGAAGAUGACUCAGAUAUUCCAGGGGAAAAAAGGUUGUCUUCAUCCAUUAUUUCGCCUCCACUGGAAGUCAAAUUGCCCCUAGAAGAGCAAAGAAUUCUUAGGUCUUGUCAAGCGCAUUUACAGAGUUUGGGAUUGGAAAUAAUGUUCUCACAGAAAGAAGAUUCCAGGAUUUUCAUAGGAAAAGUACCACUGUGCUUUACAGAAAAGGAUAUAAAUGAACGAAGACGGGGCAGGCCCUCAGUAAUCAAAGUUUUAAUAGAGGAGUAUCUUCGAGAACAAAUUGAGCUACUCCGUUCAGCUGGUAGAUUGAAAGGAACUUUGCCCCUCACUGUGCAAAAAGUGCUGGCCUCUUUUGCGUGUCAUGGGGCAAUUAAAUUUAAUGACAUCUUGAAUAAAAAUGAGUGCUUCAGCCUGGUAGCGUCUUUGUCAGCUUGCCAGCUGCCUUUCCAGUGUGCUCACGGACGUCCUUCUAUUGCACCACUUGUGGACCUCCGUCACAUAGACAACGAGGAAAAGAGAUUACAAAGACCCAACCUGCCAAAGCUCAGACGAAUGUACAAAGCUUGGCAACUGUGGAAAUAGAUUAGUUAUAUUUUUUUAGUUCAAUGAUAGAAAAGAAAAAAAAAGACAAGUAAUGGUUUCCAAGAUUCACUUUGGAGCUAGAGCAUACGCUCUAGUUAUGGUUGACAUUUUAUUAAGCAAAGUAAAAUGAGAAAAGUAGCCAUAGACACCAUAGCUAAUGGAAAUGUCCAUAGUCGUGUCUUUUUGUCAGUGGUAUAUGGAUGUAUGUGGCCAAGGGCCAAGGAUGUUUUCUAGGUAAUUUCACGUGAUCUGUGUGCCCCCACGUGUUCAGCAUCUUCAUAUCACUGCCCAAGUACAUUUUGCAUUCACCGAGACUUAGCCGAAGACUGAAGAGGAGAGCUCGCAAAGUUCUUUGACCUUGCAAGAAAACAGUAAUUUUUUGUAAUGAAAUGUUACAGGGGCUUUGUCGUCGACCGAUUUAUUUAUUUACACGAUUUAUUUACAAAUAAAAAUGCACGCAUACAGUCGUGUCUAGGUGCCAUUGUUCAAGAAAUAUGGCAUUGAGAAGGAUAAAAAUAGGAUAACGUUUCUCACAUCACAUUUUAUGAGGACGACAUUUUUGUGAAUGAAAAGGAAGGUGCCAUUUUAUCCUGUGAAUCAUUACAUUAUGAUGAAAUAAAUAAAUAUAUAUUUUUAUUAA